CAGGCCACCGCGGUCGCACCACACGAGCAAUCUGGGGUCCCCAACGCCCGCCACGGGAGAUGCCUUCCGUUCUUACGUCUCGCGUUGCGGACCGCGACGAGCACGACGGCACUCGUGAUAUCGCAGACGUACUCGUCCGUCUUCAACGCCCUCACAUCAUCCGCGAUUGGAACCGAUAACCUCCCAUGACCACCGUCCCUUCCUCCGACGCGGGGGGGUCGAGACCUGUUCCUGCACCCAUACGUCCCGACCCUCGAGAAAGGAAACCGCACUUAGGCGCGAUCGCAGACGGAUCGGGGCUGCUUCGCCAGGGUUGGUGCUCGACCGGGAGCAUCGUGCCCUGCCCGCAGUCCGUCGGUCUCACGCAACAAGACCGCGUUCUCUUCCUCGAGUACUAUGUUCAGUCACCAGUCUCUAGGCUUACCCGCAGAUCAGUGCUGCUGAAACCCGCUGUACCUAAUACGCUGAUCUGCCCGCCCAAGAGCUCAACCCUACUCGGCCGGACCACCCCAAAGCAGACACGUUCGAGCUCAUCUAUUGACUUCCUACGCGUUCUGUAUGUCCGCGGAUCCACACUUCGCGGGCGUUAGUGCGCCUGCAUCUGAAUGAU